GUCAGCUGUUUCAUUUACUUAUCGUUUCGCUUGCACAACAAUUCUUCGGCAUUUUUUCAACAUUUUACUGAUUUUUCAUAAAUUUACUGAAACAAAAUGCGUCUGACAAAUGUUCUAUUCAAGAAAGUGAAGAGCAAGCGAAUCAUGGUUGUGCUGGAAAGUGUGGUCAGUGGACACCAAUAUAAUGCCUUCCGCGAUCGUUUGGCUGAGAAAUUGGAGAUAAUUCGCUUCGAUCCAUACAUUCAACAGGAAAGUCUCUACCGCGAACGCAAGAAAAUCCGCAGCGCAUAAAGAAAAUCCCUUUGCUUUUUUUAAUUUUCCCACAUAUAGUUAGUGCAAAUAAAAGAUAAAACAAGAUUUAAACAAAA